AUGACCACAAGCAAAGUUCUCGCGGGCAAAGUCGCCCUAGUCACAGGCUCUAGUCGCGGAAUCGGUGCCGGAAUCGCCUUGAAAUUUGCUCAGCAGGGCGCCGACAUCGUCAUCAACUAUGUCUCUAAUGCCUCCGCCGCCGAGGCAGUCGCUGAACAAGUCCGGGCUCUUGGCGUCCGCGCCCUCACACUCCAGGCCGAUGUCUCGCAAGAGGAAGAAGUAAAGAAGAUGUUUGAGACUGCUCAUCGCGAAUUCGGUCGCCUGGAUAUCGCCGUGAGUAACUCGGGGAUUGAGCAUUUCGGAGAUCUCUCCGAGGUCAAGGGUAGCGACAUCGAUGCCGUGUUUGCAGUCAAUGUCAAGGGACAGUAUUUUGUCGCGCAGCAAGCGUAUCGAUUCAUGGAAGAUUAUGGAAGAGUCAUGCUGACCUCGUCGAUUUCAGCUGUUAAGGGCGUGCCUCGACAUGCGGUAUAUGCUGCCUCCAAGGCAGCUGUGCAGGGUAUGACCAAGUGUCUUGCUGUGGACUUUGGGUCCCGCAAUAUCACGGUCAACUGCAUUGCUGCUGGUGGUGUAAAGACGGAUAUGUAUGCCGAGAUGUCCGCGAAAUAUAUCCCGGGCGGUGAUAAAAUGAGCCUGAAACAGAUCGACGAAGCGUUGAGCAAGUGGUCCCCACUUGGGCGACCUGGAGAAGUGGAUGAUGUUGCUGGAGUUGCGUCGUUGAUUGCUAGUCCUGACUCGCAGUGGUUGACUGGGCAGACCUGGCAGGUUUCAGGCGGUGCCUACAUGAUUUAG